AUGAAGGACAGUUUUAAGGUUCGGACUGAUGUAAAGAAACGGUUAGAGGACCUACGGCUCGGUGCCGAGUGGCACGGAGAUAGCGGAAAUUCCACAUCGCUUCCGCCACCUUGGUUGGUCAAAGAGAAGUUUUACCGAGCAAGAGAAGUGUUUAGACGAAACUUUUUUAGCAUAUUCUUUGCUCACUUGUCAGGGCUUUUCUUGUUGGUAUAUAUUCCCAACAUGCUUAACCCGUUACACUAUACGGGUAACUCUUCGAACUUGGUGCGUAUUUUUCGGCGAUACGUUAGCACAAUGUGUCACGUUCGGAAGUGGUACGAGGGCGACAUCUGGAAUCCUGAAGAUCCUGCUUACAAAUCAAUAAUAAUUACUCGGAGUAUGCACAGAAACGUUGCCGAUAGAUUGAAUGGCCCUUGUCAAAAUGUGGUUAUGUCUCAGUAUGACAUGGCUAUGACACAGUUUUCCUUUAUUGGGGUGAUUGUGUUAUUUCCUCGAUGUUUAGGGAUCUACUGCUCACAGGAAGACUUGGAGAGUCUCGUACAUUUCUGGAGAGGGGUGGGCUAUCAACUGGGUAUUGACGACCGCUUCAACAUUUGUGACGGAAGCCUAGUGGAGACGGAAGCAGUAUUUCAUAAGAUAAUGGAUAUUGUGUGGAAGCCAACAAUUAAGUCGCCUUUGCCAGAAGCUGUUCAGAUGAGUAAGGACAUCAUCCAAGCCAUGAGCAUAGUCAUACCGUUUCUUCACUGGACAGCUAUGAUGAAAUUUUGGUGUCGGUUAAUGGGUGUACCAUUCAAGGAAAAAGUGUUAUUUGCUCUUCUAGAUUAUGAUGUUCAGGUAAUUGAAGUGUCUUGUUUAACGUAA